AUGGUUGACAAAGAAGACGAAGCAGUAAAUACAAGAGCUCUAAUAAAAAAGGGGUUUUUUGGAACGUGGACGAGAGGAGACAGCAAAGGAUGGAUCUUUGAGCCCGAUAAAGUUGAUGUCACAGGAAGUAUCCGUCUUCACUCGGGAUUGAGUUACUGUGAGUUGGUUGGAAACGUACGAAGGAGCCUCCAAAUUCUGGAUCCAAGCAUUAAGCUCAAACUUGCGUAUCAGUACCCGCAGUGGAUGGCUAUAGAUGACGGCGACGGUUCAACACCACAGUACAUCACAGACGAUCAAGAGGUUGAAGUCUUUAUUCAGAUGAGACGACACAUUGAGGAGGUCAACCUCUGCGUCACGGUGUCAAAGAAUAUAUCCGGAAUUCCAACAGCGGUGGAAGUUGGAAUCAUCACGGAGCGAGAAGGGAAUGAUGGUGGAAACGACGAGGGCGCCGAAGCUAAUACGGAGUGGUAUGAGUUUGCAAUGUCGGAAACACCAAUGACCAUGCCGUCACAAGCGCUAGGUUCCGUCAACCCCACGUGUCAUCCACUCGCAGUUCCAAAGAGAAGACGACCAACAUGCAUUUCUAUUCGUGAAGCAGAACCUAUCAUCCGCCUUGCAAGCCCUGCUGUAUCCCGUGGUGACAAAGGGAAGGGUAUUGCCGUUGAAGAGGUCACGGACUCCGACAGCGAUGAUGAUGCAAUCGUUCCUGUUCUACAAGCUGAUCGGCAACAAUCUGUUGGAGAAGUUGCGAGUUCUGGUGGCGUGGAUGCAGGCGUUCCUGUUCUAGCAGCGGAUCGUCCACCGUCUGUUAUGGAAGGUGCGAGUUCAGGUGGCGUUCGACGCCGGCUAUUUCCAGACGCCCAUUCAUGUGAAGAUGCGGCUUCCGAUUCUGAUGAAGGAGGGGAUGACAUAGAUGAUGAGGUCCCUUUGGGAGAAAGACAAACGUGGGGACGUUUUGAAGAAGCCCUCCACCAGCUUUUAACUGAUUUCAGUACGGAGGCAUCGUUGUUUGGACGUGAUGUGCCUCCAGUAUUCGAGGCUGAUUUGGAUGAUGUUGAUUCCGCUUUGGCGGACGUCCCAUACGAAGGGGACAAGCUCUACAUUGGGAGGGUCUACAAAUCAAAGACGGACUGCAAAAUUAAGAUUGCGAUUCAUGCCAUAAACAGGAGGUUCCAUUUCCGUACAACCCGGUCCAUGCGUGAGUUCAUGUUAAUGCAGUGCGCCUCCCUCACCUGUGGUUGGCGGGUGUACACUGUCCUCUUGGACGGAAGUGGGAACUUCCAGAUAAGAUCCGCCAACCUCUUCCACACUUGCAAUGUUGAUGACAGGCGCAACUACCACCGCUUAGCUACAACCCAAGUGAUAGGAGAGAUCAUGCAAUCCAAAUUUAUCGGAAUUAAGAGGGGUCCAACUCCAGCAGGCAUAAUGAAGGUCAUGUUGGAUGAUUACCAUGUCAACGUGUCAUAUUGGAAGGCAUGGAGGUCGCGGGAAAUUGCUAUGGAUACGGCACUUGGAACAAUGGCGGGAAGCUACGCCCUAUUGCCAGCUUACUUGGCUCUUCUACAAAAUGCAAACCCUGGCACACAGUGUUAUCUUGAGCAUGAGGAGAAUCCUGAUGGUGGGCGUUAUGGAGGGUGUUUGUUGUCUGCCUGCACACAAGACGCAAAUUUUCAGAUAUUUACCCUCGCCUUUGGAGUCGUUGAUAGUGAGAACGAUGACUCUUGGAUAUGGUUUCUCAACAAACUUACAACAUUUGUGGAUGAUUCUAUUGAUCUUGUCUUCGUCACGGACAGACAUCAGAGCAUAUACACCGGCCUUGCUACCGUGUACCCGCAAGCUCACCAUGUAGCGUGCACGGUACAUUUGUGGAGAAAUGUGCGUGGGUCUUAUAAGCCAAGGCGAAUUGCUACAAUCAUGUCUGAUGCCGCCAGACAGUUCAAUGUUGAAGGUUUCAAUAAGAAAUUCAUCGAAAUACAAAAGCUCAACCCGGGAUGUGCAGCGUACCUUGUGGACAUAGGGUUUGACCAUUGGACCCGAGCUCAUUGUAAAGGCCGCCGCUUCAACAUCAUGGACUCCAACAUCGCGGAGUCGUGGAAUGCAGUUGUCAAAGAAGCUCGGGAAUAUCCUUUGAUAUGUAUGUUUGAGUACAUUAGGACGUCCGUAAUGAGUUGGUUUGCAAUGCGUAGGGCAAAGGCUAUGAAGAACGACGGCCUUCUAUCUCCUCAUGUGAAGAAGCUAAUUGCCAAAAAAUUUGAAGAGUCAACUGAUCUCGCUGUUCGGAUGAUUAGUGAGUUCGAGUUCCAAAUCUAA